AUGGGCACCACCUCGUACAGUGAAGGAAGUGCGCAGUUUUCUCGGCCUUGCAGAUUUCAAUCAGGGAAAGGAAUUGGUGCUAUUCUGUCUCAAAAAGGGCACCCCAUUGAAUAUUUUAGUCAGAAAUUGAGCACAAGGAUGCAGCAAGCUUCAACAUAUCAUCGUGAGAUGUUUGCUAUUACACAAGUUGUGAGUAAAUGGAGGCAAUGCCUUCUUGGCACGAGAUUUACGAUACUAACUGAUCAGCAGUCCUUGAAGAACCUCACUAAUCAAACCAUCCAAACUCCUGAGCAACAAAAAUGGCUCACUAAACUAGUAGGUUAUGAUUUUCAUAUCAUAUACAGACCUAGAAAACAAAAUUUAGCUACUGAUGCCCUCUCUUGCAAUUCAAAUGCAUCUCUUGUGGCCAUUUAUGUCAGGACCUUUAAUCUCGAACAAGAGUUGAAAUCAUUGAAUCGAUCUCAUCCAGAAUUAUUGGCUAUUCAGCAAGCUUUACAAACAGGUGUCGAGAAUCACGGGGAUUACCAAUUCAAGGAUAUGAUGGAUUGUUAUUUUUUAAAGAUGAAAGCCACAAACUUGCAUCCAGCCGGGUUAUUGCAGCCCCUCCCUAUACCGGAUCAAGUCUUUGAAGAUAUUGCAAUGGAUUUUAUCACUUGCCUUCCAAGUUCCAAAUGGAAGACUACUAUCCUUACAGUUGUAGAUUGUUUGACCAAAUAUGGUCACUUCAUUCCAUUAUCUUCCACUUUCUCUAAUCAACUAGUAGCGGAAGAAUUUAUAGUGGGUGUAAUUCGCCUUCAAGGUCCUCCUCGCACUAUUGUCAUUGAUCGUAAUCCACGAUUCCUCCAUUCUUUUUGGCAGGAAAUCAAUCGUUUGCAAGGUUUGACAUUAGUUAUGAGUACUACAUAUCAUCCACAAACUGAUGGACAGCUUGAGGCUCUAAAUAAAUGUCUUGAACAAUAUCUCCAUUGCUAUGUUGCUGAUAAUCCAAGCAAGUGGGUCACAAUGCUACCUAGGGCGGUACAAUACUUCGUACCAACAUUUGCUGGAAUGACACCAUUUCAAGCAUUGUAUGGGCAAGAACCUCCCACUGUAACUCGAUAUAUAUUGGGAAGCACUUCUAGUGAAUUGGUGGCGGCUUACUUAAUUCAUCGUGACGCAGUUCUGGAGUUGUUGAAAGGGAAUUUGAUCAAAGCACAAACAAGGAUGAAGAAUUUUGCAGAUAAACAUCCUACUGAGCUAGUGUUUGCAUUGGGCGACUGGGUUUUUGUGAAGUUGAAACCAUAUCGACAACUUUCUGUGAGGCUGAAAGGGGUCACAAGCUUGGAAGACGAUACUUUGCUCCAAGAUUGUCCUGACCAGACUGAGAUAGAUGACUUCAACCUUGAGGAUAAGGUGGAUUUUCAGGAGGGGAGUAAUGUUGUGAAAUCAGUUGAUACAUCUGUUAAUUUGAAUAAUAAAGAGGAUGCGUUUACAGAAAUUUCCAGAAAUCCUCGAAACAGUGAAGCCAGAGUUAAAGAUUAUCAUGCAAAAAUCUGGAUAAGGGAACUACCAUCAUCUGUUCAGUAUCUAGCUCAUACUAUCAAGCAGCAUUGGCUUGUUGAAAAGCUUGGUGGAGCUACAUGUGUGAAUGCCGGAUUUCUCUCAUUGGAACAACUUGAUCUCAGAUACAGCAAUUUAAUCGCCGGAGGAAUUCCAAAAGACAUUGGAUCCUUAUUCUCUUUGAAAGUGUUGAAUCUCACUGGAAAUAAUUUUGAACAUUUGCCUCAGAGCCUAGCCCAGCUUUGUGUUGUUGAACACUUGUCCUUAUCCUAUAGCAAGGGGCUCAAAGAGUUUCCAGGUUUCAUGCGGAUGCCAAACUUUGACACUUAG